AUGGGUAACGAUUAUGAGAUCUUUAAGAAAUCAGUCAGUGGUGAGCUACAAAGGCUCAGUAGGGCUCUUGAGAGGAUGACCUAUAAGCAUGGGAAAGACAAUGUGAUUGCAGAUGCUUUGUCUAGGAGGUAUGCUUUAAUUAAUGCUGUGAGUUCUAAAUUGCUUGGUUUUGCGCAUGUUAAAGACUUACAGGCAAAGUCUAAGUCUAUGCCUCAUGAUCUUUACAUGCCUUUACCUGUUCCUAGUUCACCUUGGAUGGAUAUUUCUAUGGACUUUGUGCUUGGCUUACUUAGGACUAGGCGUGGUAGAGAUAGCAUAUUUGUUGUUGUGGACAGGUUUAGCAAGAUGGCUCACUUCAUUCCUUGCCAUAAAACUGAUGACGCCAUCAAUGUCGCUGACUUGUUCUUCCGGGAAGUGGUUCGACUUCAUGGAGUGCCAAGGACAAUUGUGUCAGAUAGAGAUACAAACCACCAUUUUCCUCUCCUCUCUUCUCCUUAUCGCUCCAUCCUUCUUCUUGCCGCCGUCGCCGUCGCCGCCGCCACUGUCGUUCCCAGGCUAUCGCGCGUUGCUGCGCCUCUCUGUAGCUGUUGCUGUUGCCGCGGCUGUGCCGCCAUUGCUGGAGCUGCCACCGCUGCCGCACCACCGUUGCCACUCACCGCCGUUGCAACUGCCGAUCGUCGCCACUCCAUGAUUUUUGAUUCUCAUUUUCGAGAAACAAUACCAAAUAUCAGCGAUCAACAAAUUGAGCAAAUGCGAGAGCGAGAACUGGCUAAUUGGUUAAAAGACUAUGUGGGAAGGAACGAAGUUGAUAACUGCAUUUAUCAAAUAGCUCAAGGGCCCAGCCGAAAAGUACAAUCAUAUAAAGGAUAUUUUGUGAAUGGAUUUAAAUUUCAUCGACAUGAUUAUGGCAGAGAGCGAAAAACAUUAAAUAGUGGUGUAUGGGUCAAAGGAAGUUGUUAUAAUGAAUAUGAAAGUGAUUACUAUGGCUUGCUGAAUGAGGUAUUAGAAUUAGAGUACUUUGGAGAGAAAAACAAGAUAAUCAUUUUCAAGUGUGAAUGGUUUGACACUAAUAGAGGGGUAAGGGUCCAUCCUCAACAUGGUCUUGUGGAAAUCAAUGUCAAAUUAAGGCUAGCAUCAUCUGAUCCAUUUAUUUUAGCUCAACAAGCUCAUCAAGAUUGCUAUAUUAAAUAUCCUAAAAUCAAUAAAGUCAGAGUUGACUGGUGUGCGGUUUUCAAAACCAAAGCUAGGAGCACUUACAAUAUUGGACCUUCCAUGGUUAACAACAAUUCAAAUGAGCAAAACUCCAAUGAUGUUGCUUAUCAAGAGGAUGAUGUCUCAAGACCUCAAGAAAUUGUACCAACAACCGAACUUGAUGAUCCCACAAUGUUACUUGAUUCAAGUAGUAUGGUUGAGGUGGAUGUUAAUGAAUUGCAACAAGUGCAACAACCACUUGAAGUGGUGGAAGAUGAAGAUGAGGAUGUAGAGGAAGAGGAAGAGGGAGAGGAUGAAGAAGAGGAAGAAGACACUGAAGAGUCAGAUGACGAUUUAGAAGUUGAUGGUAUUGAUAGUGAUGAUGAUGUCAACUUAGAAGAUGAUUCUGAAUGAUACAUUAUGCCUCGAAGAGCAGUAUCAUCUAGAGGUAGAGGACAUAGCCAGCAGCUCUCUAUGAAUGAAACAAAUAAUCCAACUGCAGAUUGUACUUCUCUAUCAGAUGAUUCAACAAAUUCAUAGAUUAGUUUUUAGUUUUAUGAACAUUGUUAAGUAUUAUUCAUUUAUUUU